UCAACAGCGAAAGAAGAGGGGAAAUUCGUCGAUUCUAGCUAUCUCGCGCUCGCGCUUCCCCAGUAAAUAUUUCUUCAAAAGCUAGUGUGUUUCAGCUUCUUCAAUCACCUGAGGAUUUACUAGUAAUUUGAUGAAUUUGAAAAUUAACGGGAUUCCUGCUGCUGCUUCGGGGCGAAUUAGACAAGGGGGCGAUUAGGUGAAAUGGUCGACGGUUUGAAAUCGGAAACCCUAAUGGAGAUUUCUGGUGAUAAGGGGGUUUUGAGUGGUGGAGUUAGGGUUUCGGAGGAACCUAAGGUUUCGACUGAGGGGACUGUAAUUAGAUCAAAUGAGAGCAAGUUUGUUGAAUCUAGCAACUUAGGAAGCAAUGAUAAGGUACCUCGCAGCCAUAGGUGGGAAUCAUGGGGGGUUAUGAAUAUGGUUAGCAGAGUGCUGGGUGGAAAGCUUUAUGUGGAUGAUGAUGAGGUGAAGGAUGUAAAUGAUUCCAAGAAUAGGGGCCAGGUGAAUGUGUUUGGGGGUGUAAAAUCGUUGCAGGAUCUGACUGGGGAGAAGACAUCUGACAAUCAGGGUGAGGUGAAUUUGGUGGUGGAUAUGAAUGCUCGUGAGGAUGUGAUUGGGGAGUCACCAUCUGCAAAUGGAAUUGAUAUUAAGAGAAUGGAUAUCAACAGUGAAUCUGCAAAGUUAGUUUGGGAUUGUCCAGUUGAGGAAAAUAUAAGUGGUAACCAAGAUUUGGUCUCUCAUGACAUAGUGCUAGAUGGGAAUCUGGAAACUGAGGAAAUAAAUAAUGUUGAAGAUGAGGUGUUGAGAACGGAAGGAUUUGAGAAAACCGAGGAAGUAAGGGAUGUUAAGGCUGAUGUGAUGAUACCAAAAGUAGAUGGACAACUAGAUUUGCAUAUUAAUGAAAUUGUUCCAGAAGCCACAUUGGAAUCGGGAGAAAAUGUUAAAGCUGAUUCAGAGGAAGUAGAUGAUAUUAAGGCUGACAUGUUGUUUCGAAAAGAAUAUGGCAGAAAUACAGAGAAGGAAGAGGAAUAUCAUGUGUCAGAUCUAGUUUGGGGCAAGGUUAGGAGCCAUCCUUGGUGGCCGGGGCAAAUAUGUGCUCCCUCAGCUGCAUCUGAUAACGCAAAAAAGUAUUUUAAGAAAGAAAAUUAUUUGGUGGCAUAUUUUGGGGAUCAGUCGUUUGCGUGGAAUGAUGAAUCAAAGCUCAUGCCUUUCAGAAAGUAUUUCUCCGAAAUGGUGAAACAGAGUAACACAGAUAGAUUCUCUCGUGCUUUGAGCUGUGCCCUGGAUGAGGCUGCUCGACGAAUUGAGUUUGGCCUUUCGUGUCCAUGUUGGGCCCAGGAGGUGCGUGAUGAGAAAAAAUUUCAAGUUGUUGAAAAUGCUGGAAUUCGAGAAGAAUCAAGUAUUAUAGCUGGUGGGGACAAUGUCUUUAGUGCAACUACAUUUUCACCUGGAGAUGUUAUACAAUUCCUAGAAUCAUUGGCUAAAUGCCCGCAGUCCAAUCAAGAUAGGUUGGAAUUUACAAUAGCAAAAGCUGGAUUACAGGCCUAUACUAGAUGGAAGGGUUACCAUGAGCUCCCUGUCUUUGAGGAGUGCAUUGGAUUAUCAGGGGGCGAUAUUCGAUCCAUGGCAAUGGGAGAUGGAGGUGAUCCCACUGAAGUUCCAGUUUGUGAUGCUGCAAAUAAUAUUCCAUCUAAAAGGAGAAAGUCGACAGCUGAUAAUGGUUCUUCAGGUGACGAAGAGCGCCCGAAGAGAAAAGAAAAGUUCAUGUCUGUCUUGUUGGCUUUGGGCGGUUCGUGUUCACAGAAAAAUGAUAAGGUAUAUGUGAGGAAGACCUCCAAAAGGGUCAUCUCGUCUUCCAAGAGUCCUGAAAUGGUUGAUUAUACAUGCAGUAAUUCGAGUGGUAAAAAACAGAAGACUCUGCAGGCAUCUGGCGCAGAUGCGCCUGCCUCUGGAAUUGCUGCGAAAGCGGCAAAGGUUAGUGCUGGAGAGUCUCAGAGAGUGGAAAUCAUUCCGGCCGAGACCCCAACUCCUGAGAUGGUUCUUUCGGAGCUCAUUUUGACUGCGAAAAGGCCCCUGCAAGGGAUAGAUGCGAUUAUUCCAGUAGUUGGCUGGCUUCGUGAUUUCAGGAACUUGAUUUGUUUAGAAAAACCUAGUCAAGGAGAAGAUUUGGGAAAGGAAAAGGAGGAAUAAUCGUUAUCCAACGGCAGAUAUACCAUGAUUCGGGGGUAUUGAAGACUAAUACUGGGCAAGACAGAAUCAUUUGCGACUACUCUCAAGAUCAGGCGAUGUCUGAAUCUCAGAAGUCUUACCAGAGGAUGAUCAACCAGAAGCUGAUGUUGCUGAAGUCGGAUUAUAGCAAUGAAAGCAACAAUGUUGUGGAUUUGGAUACCAGGAACCAAUCUGCUCCGACAAAUAGGUUCAGAGGAACGUUAUCCAACAGCUUUGAUCCCCAACUUCAAAAGUUUGGAUUCUAUUCCAUCUGUCCAUCAAGAAUCUGAACAAGAUAUUUAGCCAUUACCGAACUUUGGAUGAAAAGGGACCUAAGCAAAAGCAGGCGCGUAAAGGUAGUUUUGAAUAGGCAGGCCAGCAGAUGCUGGGAAGUAGAGCAUCUUUGGGUCAUCGCUUAUAAAUCAUGGAACAUAGUAAAUGUCAGCAAAUCUCAAAGAAGAAGAAGAAACAAGGCGAGCAGCGGGGAAGACAUGUAUCAGAAAGUCGACGCUGGUUGAAAUUUGUGAGGACGAAUUCAAAUGUUGUAGUAGUACCAUUAUAAUGGGCACCUGUAGUUGUUAUGAUAUACAUUGUGCAAAGGAUAGAACAGGUAGCUACUGACCUAUUGUUUCAUUUUGGGUAUUUUGCUUAUAAGGAACAAGACUAAUAAUCUCUUUGACUGCAUCUUUUACUUAUAAACUAUGUAAAUGUGAACAUUUUUAAUGAUUGUUAUAAGCGUAGUAA